AUGAACAGAUCUGUACAAGCACAUCCAUUUCAUUUAGUAGAAGCUUCUCCAUGGCCAUUAGCUGUAUCGUUCUCUUUAUUAACAACGACUUUAUCUGGAGUAAUGACAUUCCAUGGGUAUUCUAAUGGAACAUUCUUAUUAACUCUUGGAUUAAUUUCUACAGUAGCUACAAUGACUUUAUGGUUCAAAGAUGUAUCUAGAGAGGGUACAUUCCAAGGACAUCAUACUUUUGCAGUUCAAAAAGGAUUAACUCUAGGGUUUGUUUUAUUUGUAGUAUCAGAAGUAUUUUUCUUCAUUAGUAUUUUCUGGGCUUUCUUCCAUUCAUCUUUAGCACCAACUGUAGAGUUAGGAGCACACUGGCCACCAGCAGGAAUUCAAGCAUUGAAUCCAUGGGAAGUACCAUUAUUAAAUACAGUAAUCUUACUUUCUUCUGGUGCAACUGUAACUUAUGCUCACCAUAGCUUAAUUCAAGGAAAUAGAGCUGGAGUAAUCUACGGAUUAAUUGCUACUAUUACAUUAGCAGUAGUAUUCACUGGUUUCCAAGGAUUUGAGUAUUAUAAUGCUCCAUUCACAUUCAGUGAUGGUGUAUAUGGUUCUACUUUCUAUAUGGCUACUGGAUUCCAUGGACUUCAUGUAAUCAUUGGUACUAUUUUCUUAACAGUAGGAUUAUUUAGAGUAUUAUCAUACCAUCUAACAGAUCACCACCACUUAGGAUUUGAAACAGCUAUUCUUUAUUGGCAUUUUGUUGAUGUAGUUUGGCUAUUCCUAUUCAUCAGUGUUUACUGGUGGGGAAGCUAA